CCAAGAUGGCGGCGCCCAGCGAGGAGACGCCGUUUGCCGCGGGAAUUGAAAAGAAUUGGGGUACAGUCGUUCGUUCCCCUGAAGGGACCCCCCAGAAAGUUCGGCAGCUAAUAGACGAGGGGAUUGCCCCGGAAGAUGGGAGCGCAGAAGCGUGAGUUUUUCAGUCCUUGCCUGCGUCCGGCGCCGAACGAUAGCCUCUUGACAACAAAGAGAAAAUCUCCUGCUUCCAUUACCUAGAGUUCUUUUCAUCUUUGAAAUGGGCAGGGAAGCCUCCUGAGCUAUCUCCACUUGUCUGUGCGAAAUAUGGCUGGGUCACAGUUGAAUGUGACAUGCUCAAAUGUUCCAGCUGCCAAGCUUUUCUCUGUGCCAGUUUACAGCCAGCUUUUGACUUUGACAGAUAUAAGGAACGCUGUGCUGAACUGAGAAAAUCAUUGUACACUGCUCAUGAAAAGUUCUGUUUCUGGCCAGACAGCCCCUCUCCAGAUCGAUUUGGGACAUUGCCAUUGGAUGAGCCUUCUGUCCUUAUUAAUGAAUUCCUAGAUCGUUUUCAAAGCCUUUGUCACUUAGACCUUCAGCUUCCUUCCUUGAGGUCAGAGGACUUGAAGAACAUGUGCUUGACAGAAGACAAGAUCAGUCAUCUGCUACAUUUGCUUGAAGAUGAACUUGACCCUGUAACUGAGGAGAGGAAAACAGCAAGCAAAUUAGGUUCAGACAUCCAAGUCCAAGUCACUGCCUGUGUUCUCUCUCUGUGUGGCUGGGCAUGGAGUUCUUCUUUGGAACCCAUGCAGCUCUCUCUGAUGACAUGCUCACAGUGUAUGCGGAAGGUGGGACUCUGGGGCUUCCAGCAGAUCGAGUCGUCUGUGACUGACCUGGAUGCGUCCUUUGGCUUCUCCAGCUCCCCCGUUUCAGGCACCGAGGGUCGGCCAGAUCGCUUCCCUCUAGUGCCUGAAUCUCCUAGGAGGAUGAUGACCCGGAGCCAGGAUGCCACGUUUUUCCCAGGUUCAGAUCAGACUGAAAAGAGCCCAGGUCUCAUUGUCUCUAGAACCCGAAGUUGGGACUCUUCUAGUCCGGUUGAGCGGCCUGAGCCAGAGGCAGCCAGCCCUACCACCAGAAGCCGCCCAGUGACUCGAAGCAUGGGAACAGGAGACAGCACUGGCCUUGAUGUACCCUCCAGCCCUCUCCGGAAAGCCAAACGGGCUCGCCUUUGCUCUUCCAGCAGCUCGGACACAUCUUCCCGAAGUUUCUUCGAUCCUACCUCUCAACAUCGAGACUGGUGCCCUUGGGUGAAUAUCACAUUCAGUAAAGAAAUCAGAGAGCAAGGUGAAACAGAAGUGGAUGCUAGCAUUCCAUCAGAGCCAGGCUGGAGGGCAGUGCUUUCCAUCCUACUGGACUACAAACAGUCUAAGCAGCCAGCUGAACCAGACUCCAUGAGUCUCUCAGAGAAAUCAAGGAAAGUGUUCCGAAUAUUCCGGCAGUUGGAAUCAUUAUCCUCAUCCUGAAGAUAUACCAACCCUUGCAAGAGAAAUGGAUAAGAGAGACACUGAAACAGAGUCAGAAUUCCUGUUUGGUCAGCCCAUGCUGUUUUUCUCCAUCCUGGCUUAACCACCAGGAGCCCCUGCAUUCACAAAGACAGUGGAUGUCAGUAGUUGUCUGCACAAGUGAAAGGCAAGUCGCCCCACGGGGAUGUGGACAGGGAAGGUAAGCAAGCUGUAUUCUGUGGAAAGACUGGCUUUAGAAAAGCAGAUGGAAGACCCAGAUGGCAACAUCCAGUCUACACUGUAGUGCAGCAGUGGUAUAAGGACUCUUAUAUCCCAGGAAUAUGAGUGUAUUAAUAAAAGGUUUCUUACAG